GGAAUUGUUCAGGCUACCUAUCAAUACAACAAGAGUCAAAUCCUGUUGAUGUUGCAAAAACCCAAUUUCGAUAAUUUGAGAGGCAUUUUGGACCAUUUGAAAGGAGAUGCGAUCAAGAUCCAACAACAGAAUCCAUACAAGGGAUUGGCCAAUUUUAGAAAGGAUCAAGAAUAUAUUGCAGAUUUCCAGGUCAAACUAAAUGCACUUCCCAACUUUCAGGUCUGUCUCAGUGUUGAGGAAGAAUCAAAUGUCAAGAGGGAUAUUUGGGAAGGUCCCAUAAUGACUGGGCCCAAUAUGUCUAUUGAGAAAAGACAUGUUGGUGAAAGGCCCACAACUACAGAAAAUGUAUCUCAGAGAAAUAUGUUUGCUCAUGCACAUGAUUUCCAAAUCAAUGAUGGUGUCUUCAAUUCUGCAAAUAUUAUCAAUAUCAAUGACAACAGAGGCCUUGAGGCAGCAAAUGUACAAAAAUGGCUGCAAGAGCUCAAGGCUCCAUCACAUGGCAAAGUAAGAGACAGGUGUAUGCCUGGGACCCGGAAGGAUGUGCUCACUCUUAUUAACACAUGGCUCAAUGAUCCGAAUGAGCCUAAUAUUUUCUGGCUUUCUGGGAGUCCUGGCUCUGGAAAGACAACAAUUGCUUCAACUGUGGUUGCUGAUUUUGACUGUCUCUCUGGGAAAUUCUUUUUCCGUCGUGAUGAGGCUGAGCUUCGGGAUCCAGACAACUUAUGGAGACGUAUUGCUUUGGACUUUUCUUCAGGAUCUAGUGAUUUUGGAAAGUCUAUCAGUCAGGCAUUGGAGACUCAGAAAGCUGACAUCAGAGGCCUUGAUAUUUCUAUGCAAUUUGAGCAUCUUAUUUCCAAGCCUUUACAGGAAAUUUUUGGGACCUCUGUGAAGCCUCUUCUUGUUGUUGUUGAUGCUCUUGAUGAAUGUGAUUCAUAUGACAAACUGUUGCCUUCAUUGGUAUCCUGGUCUCACCUCUCUAAAUCUUUGAAACUUCUCAUUACAAGCCGCCAUUAUCUUAAGAUUCAGAGUAGACUAAGAUCAGUCAGUGUUUAUCAUAAUCUGAACACUGGACAUGAGGUCUCUGCUCAGACUCAUGAUGACCUUGAAAAAUACUUUGUUGCAAGGUUUUCUGAGGCAAAUUGGUUGCCUCCAAAGUGGCCUGGUCCAGACAAAAUAUUGUUUCUUGUGAGAAAAGCUGCUGGACUAUUUGUCUGGGCUAAAUCUGCAAUGGAUUUUAUCUUGUUUGAUGGAGGUCAGAGUGUCAUGGAUCCUCUCAAAGGCCAUGAUCAUUGGGUUACUUCAGUUGCAUUUUCUCCUGAUGGCAGGCACAUUGUCUCUGGAUCUCAUGACAAGACAGUCAGAGUGUGGGAUGCUCAAACAGGUCAGAGUGUCAUGGAUCCUCUCAAAGGCCAUGAUCAUUGGGUUACUUCAGUUGCAUUUUCUCCUGAUGGCAGGCACAUUGUCUCUGGAUCUCAUGACAAGACAGUUAGAGUGUGGGAUGCUCAAACAGGUCAGAGUGUCAUGGAUCCUCUCAAAGGCCAUGAUCAUUGGGUUACUUCUGUUGCAUUUUCUCCUGAUGGCAGGCACAUUGUCUCUGGAUCUCAUGACAAGACAGUCAGAGUGUGGGAUGCUCAAACAGGUCAGAGUGUCAUGGAUCCUCUCAAAGGCCAUGAUUCUUGGGUUACUUCUGUUGCAUUUUCUCCUGAUGGCAGGCACAUUGUCUCUGGAUCUUAUGACAAGACAGUCAGAGUGUGGGAUGCUCAAACAGGUCAGAGUGUCAUGGAUCCUCUCAAAGGCCAUGAUUCUUGGGUUACUUCUGUUGCAUUUUCUCCUGAUGGCAGGCACAUUGUCUCUGGAUCUUAUGACAAGACAGUCAGAGUGUGGGAUGCUCAAACAGGUCAGAGUGUCAUGGAUCCUCUCAAAGGCCAUGAUCAUUGGGUUACUUCUGUUGCAUUUUCUCCUGAUGGCAGGCACAUUGUCUCUGGAUCUCAUGACAAGACAGUUAGAGUGUGGGAUGCUCAAACAGGUCAGAGUGUCAUGGAUCCUCUCAAAGGCCAUGAUUCUUGGGUUACUUCUGUUGCAUUUUCUCCUGAUGGCAGGCACAUUGUCUCUGGAUCUUAUGACAAGACAGUCAGAGUGUGGGAUGCUCAAACAGGUCAGAGUGUCAUGGAUCCUCUCAAAGGCCAUGAUGAUUGGGUUACUUCUGUUGCAUUUUCUCCUGAUGGCAGGCACAUUGUCUCUGGAUCUCGUGACAAGACAGUUAGAGUGUGGGAUGCUCAAACAGGUCAGAGUGUCAUGGAUCCUCUCAAUGGCCAUGAUCAUUGGGUUACUUCAGUUGCAUUUUCUCCUGAUGGCAGGCACAUUGCCUCUGGAUCUCAUGACAAGACAGUCAGAGUGUGGGAUGCUCAAACAGGUCAGAGUGUCAUGGAUCCUCUCAAUGGCCAUGAUCAUUGGGUUACUUCAGUUGCAUUUUCUCCUGAUGGCAGGCACAUUGUCUCUGGAUCUCGUGACAAGACUGUCAGAGUGUGGGAUGCUCAAACAGGUCAGAGUGUCAUGGAUCCUCUCAAUGGCCAUGAUCAUUGGGUUACUUCUGUUGCAUUUUCUCCUGAUGUCAGGCACAUUGUCUCUGGAUCUUAUGACAAGACAGUCAGAGUGUGGGAUGCUCAAACAGGUCAGAGUGUCAUGGAUCCUCUCAAAGGCCAUGAUUCUUGGGUUACUUCUGUUGCAUUUUCUCCUGAUGGCAGGCACAUUGUCUCUGGAUCUGAUGACCCAACAGUCAGAGUGUGGGAUGCUCGUGACUCCUAUGAUAUACU